CAAGAAAUGGGCCUUGAUGGGGCAAAGGCGUUAAUGAUUUUUAUUCUUUUCGCGUUAAGGCUUCAACAGACUUACGCAGACAUUAAAGUGGGUAACGCCAUCAACGUAUUUAAUCGUUAUGGAUACCUUAGCAUAAGUAUGAGAGUGGUCCCCGGAAAUGACCCUGAUCAUUCAUGGAUAUUCAGAGAACCCACGGUAGACGUGUUUAUGAACUUACCGGAAAAACAAAGUCUCAAAAGAAAUAUCGGAGAAGGAGGUGGUCAAGUCUUCCAAGGGAACUUCCACAUGGAGUUUUGUGAUAAUGUAAAACAAUUAUUGCAAGCCUAUUUUAGAGAUUUUUCCAUAGAAAGGCUGGAGAAACCGUGGCAAGCGUUUACAGGCAGUUGGUCCAAAGUUACGUUGGCUAGAAAUUUAGGUUUAGACGUGUCUUAUGUAACCGGAGAUCAUUGUUAUGUUCUUGUCAGGGUGGCUAGGCAUAGGGAGACUGCUAAUUUAGUAAUGGAUAAUAGCUAUGACCUUCACGAACCAGUGGCCAAACAGGUGGCCUCUGUUAAUGUCAGUGAUAGUUUGUCGGUUAUUGAAUUCGUCAGGAGUUUUGGAUCUCAUUACGUGACUACAUAUGUCACAGGCAAUUCUCUCUAUCAGGUGUAUGUAUACGCUCCAAAAUAUUACAAAGUAAUUAAAGAACGUUUAAAAUCAAAAGGCGUGACAAAAAUCUCUAACCAAGAGUUGAUUGGAUACUUUUCAUCACGGUAUGCAGAAUAUGUGGGUAAAAUACAAUCAGCUAGUGGUAAUGCGACGGUUGAAAAUUGGGCUAAUCAAAGACUAAGAGUGAAAUUGUUUGUGUUUGGCUUCGCCUCAUUACUGAAAUUACACGGAAACACAAAACUGUUAAGUGAACUAAAUGGAAUGUUAGGCAAUGAAGCAUUACUUAAGCUUGACUUAAAAACCUUGGCGCCGGCUUUUAAGGACAUUCAAAAACGAGCUUGGUUCCAUGAAGUAAUGGAUAAUAAUUUAAAAUUAUGGGAAGUUAAUGUAUAA